ACCGGAAUUGUCGCCUGGUUACGGGAGCUCUAUGGUAGGGAGAGCUAGCCGGCUAGCAGCAUCUCUCAAUCCUUUCUCUCUUUGUCACGGUAUUCAUAUAUCGUCAGCUCUUUAGCAGAAAGAAAAUGGAAUUUGAAGGAACAUGAAGGUGCAAAGUAGAGACAGUCACGAAUGGUGAAGAUAGAAUGCAGAGUUCUCAACUUGUUUUCUGUUCACUUAUUAAAAGCUGCACAUUUAUGGCGUUUGUCAGUGUGAGUGGAGACUUCUGCCAGGCACAGCACCUGGUCAUUGUAGACAAGUGAACAGAGGGCCUGCCAUAUGAAGAUUAUACUACCUGACUGCCCGUCUUAAAUUCUGCACUUUCGGGGAGCAUCUUUUUUUGUCCAGAGUUCAAGUGUAUGAAUCGGUUUGAGCCAAUCCAGGUACUAGAGAGCGAAUCGUUGUUCCUUCUCUCUAGUGCCAACUGAUCAUCUCUCCUCUCCUGAAUGGGUUAAUUAUAAAUUGCGAACCAGAAGGAUAGUUCCCUUCUUUAGUUUUUAUUUUAAAACCGUGGGAGCGUGAAAGUUGUUACCUUCUCCUUUUUCCCUAUUUGCGAGAGAAUCGCCUCAAAGUCAAAUUGCUUAGAUAUUUUGGAAUCAUUAUUUCGAAAUGAAUCGCCCCGCUCCUGUUGAGAUCACCUACGAAUGCAUGAGGUUUCUCAUCACCCACAAUCCCACCAAUUCACAGCUGGUCAAGUUUACAGAGGAACUGAAGAGUUUUGGAGUCCAGACUCUUGUCCGGGUUUGUGAUGCGACUUAUGACAAAACACCAGUGGAAAAAGAAGGCAUUGAAGUUUUGGAUUGGCCUUUCGAUGAUGGUUGUUCGCCCCCUGACCAAAUUGUUGAUGACUGGUUGAACCUUCUCAAAUGUAAAUUCAAAGAUGAACCAGGCUGUUGCAUUGCAGUACAUUGCGUUGCUGGAUUGGGACGAGCUCCUGUUUUGGUGGCCAUAGCCUUAAUUGAAUGCGGGAUGAUGUACGAAGAUGCUGUCCAGUAUAUUCGUCAGAAAAGACGCGGGGCAUUUAACGCCAAACAAUUAAUGUACCUUGAAAAAUACAAACCCAAGAUGCGCCUGCGCUUCAAGGAUGCCAAUGGUCAAAACUGCUGCAUUCAGUAAAUAAACCUUCAUCCAAAGGGUAUUUGGAAACUAUUGACAUAAUUAUUAUUGUUAGUGUUGUUAUGAGCCGUUUUUUGUUUGAUUUAUUAUAUUGGACCAGGAUUUUUGCUGUAUAACAGUGCCAAGCACACAAACAGGUUACGCAGUAUUAGUGUUUGGGGGGUUUUAUUCGACCAAACAGUCAAGCCAAUCUUGUAAACUCACAGGCAACGUGGGGCCUCACUAGUGAUGUUUUUCAUUGUGACAAACACAUUGGUGUAAUGAUUGACUGCAGUUGUUAGUGUUUUAUGCCCUAUCUAAAACUAGGUGUCCUCAGUUUUCUGGAUUGUGUGACAACAUCCUGCAGUAAGUGAACUCACUUUGUUGGUGCUUCUCUUGAAGUCUGUCAGCUUCUCCUAAGUUACAUGGGCACAACUACUGUAUCUAAUGUUAUAGAUAUUAAACAUUCCAAGAGAUUCACAGCACUGUCGGACACUAGAUUAUGGUCAUCGGUAAAAAGGACGGAUGAAUGAAAUCCUAGAUAAUCCAAUCAACGGAACUUCCUCUUCAAACUGAUUGUGAAAUGAGUCAAAUUCAAACAAUAAUAAUAAUAAAAAAAAAAAACACUU